AUGAUCGGAAACAUCUUUGCCUCGGCAACUAGAGCGGUUUUUGGCAAGCAGCCAAUCAUGAACACGCUCAUCCAAACCAGAAACAAAAUGAAGACCCACAAGGCUGCAGCCAAAAGAUUCAUCAAGACAGGCACUGGAAUCAAGAGAAAGCAGGCCGGCAGAAACCACGGCAAUGGAGGCUUCAGUGCCAAUUCUUUGCGCCACUUGGACUCGUUUGUACCAGUGGGAGCUAGGGGCCGUCAUUUGAAGAAGCUCGAGGAGUUCUUCUAG